GACCUGACCCUCGUGUCGAAAAAACUUCGGGGAGAGAAAAGGAGAACGGAGGCGGCGGCGGCGGGAAAGAAAGAGAAAGGAAGCGGCGGCGCGGACGAGAACCUCCUCCGGCGACUGCAGUGCCUUCUCCCCGUUUGAAAGCAGCUCACUCAUGGCAUUGUCUAGAAUUCAAGAUCGUGUUAUUAUCUAUGGCACAGCACAUCAUCAUCAAGAACGGCUGUCCCGAUCUCGCCCGGCUCCUCCUCUUCUUCGGCGACCAUGAUCCAAGCGGUGAUGGUCAUCAGUACUCUGGGAAAGCCCCGCCUCCUCAAAUUCUACAACUUCCAGGACCCCGAGAAGCACCAGGAGCUCGUUCGCAGCAUAUUUCAGUUGCUGUCUGCGAGGCCGGAGGGUGUGAGCAAUUUCGUUGAGACCGAUGCAAUCUUUGGACCGGGGUCAAAACUGGUCUACAACCAUUUGGCGACACUAUACUUCGUUUUUGUCUUUGACAGCUCUGAGAAUGAGCUUGCUAUGCUCGACCUUGUACAAGUAUUUGUUGAAACAUUGAAUAAAUGCUUCAAGAAUGUCUGCGAGCUUGACAUUGUAUUUAACUUCAACAAGCUGCACACAGUUUUGGAUGAAAUGAUACUGGGAGGUCAAGUGAUUGAAACAAGUUCAGAGGAAAUAAUGAGAUCUGUAGAAGAGAUUGCGAGAUUGGAGAAACAAUCAAGCACGACAAGCCUCAUACCAAAGUCGAUUUCGCAGCGCUUCAGCCGCUGAAAUUUUCCAGUCGUUUUCAGGACAGAAUCCGUAGGACCUUACCAGAAGAAAUCGGAUUGGUGUUUGAAUUUUUAUCUCCAGUGGCCUGUCAGUUCUCUGAAGUCUUGAGCAUCUGCUAUUCGACAUGAAAACUUAUUGGCCGACAUACAUGUCUCCCACCCAAGAGUUGUAAGUUGUAAGCAGAAAUGUGACGACUCACGCCAUGCAUGCUGCAUGUGUAUGUAGAAAGACACUUUUCUUGUCAGAUGAUAUAUGAAUGCAGUGCUAUAUGCUCUUCUUUUGGUGUCUAA